AUGUAUGCCACUAGGUUCGUGCAGGAUAACUUCAAAGACGAGCUUUUGCGCUCGAGUCAAUUGUUCCAUUGCUCGUUCAACUGCUUGUUUGCUUGGUACGGUUUCGAAUCACGAGCCGCAAUCCUAGCCACGCAUCGUGGGAAGCCGAUAUUAUUCCUCGCCGGCACGGUGCUGUUCAAACGACCGGCCACCGGGAUCGGAUUGCCGAUGGACCGAUUGGUCUACGUCGUAAGCGGCGCGCAUCUCAAGUGGAACGAACCGGGCGAUCGGUUGCGGGCCACCGAGUCCGGCGAGUACGUGGCCCGGAACGUGGUGCCCACCAGAAUGGCGAUGGGACGCGAUGGUACCAUGUACCUGGCCAUGCCCCGGUUCAAGAGUGGGGUGCCGUUCACAUUGGGCACCGUCGAGUACGACCCAUGCAUGAGCACCAUCGAGCCACCCAUAUCGCCGUAUCCGUGCGCGGCUGCUCACCGAUCGCAGCCGAGGUCGAAUAGCAACUGGACCGUGGUCAAUGUUGUGGAUGUGCACAUGGACGACAUCGGUUUGCUGUGGGCCCUGGAUGUCGGCAAGGUAAACCUGUUGGACGAUGCGGUCAUUAUUCGACCGCCGAUGGUGUUUGCGUUCGAUACGGACACCGAUGAGGUAGUGCGGGCAAUCGACUUGUCACGUGUGACGAUGGUGACCAGCUGUUUGCAAUCGAUCGUGGUGGAUCGUAACACGGCCACCGGCCGUCAGUUCGUGUACGUGGCGGACGCCGGCCUGGGCAACGUGAUCGUGUACGACGUGGGCUGCGACCGUUCGUUUAAGGUACACGUGCCAGUGGGCCCGUGUGGUCGACGGGACGUCAUGUACAUGGCCCUGGCCAAGGCGCACGUGAUGGACGUGGCCGCGGGUGGUGGCGUGGCGCAUCACCAGCGGCUGUACGUCACGUACUUGUCGUCAUGCGAGAUGAUGUACGUGCCGGUGGACGCGGUGGACGAGUCCACCGUGAGCCUGGCCACCGUGAAUAUCGGUCGGAAACCAUGCAAGAUGAUCGUGUUAGGCACUGACCAUGGAUCCGUUGUCUACUUCCGAACCGGCGACACCAGUGACAUUCGGAGUUGGAACGUGAACAAACCCUUACACGAGAAAAACUUUAGACAAGUUCAGCGUUGCCGAAAAUUGAGGACACCGUUGAUGGUGACCAUGGGAUUUCGCGGUUAUCAGUGGUUUAUGGAGAGCAAUUUCGUGGACUUCUUCGUCGGUGACAUCGGGUGCCUAGGCGUCAGCACGAGGAUCCAACCACUAUUAACUAUAGUUGAAGAUGUUUCAUGCUCAAUGAUGGAUCCAAUCUCAAAUGCGAAUUGCAGUACGCUAUGCGGACCAAGCUAGUUGUCACAAAACUUCAGGUUUCAGGUGCCAUAACUAUUUAUAAUAACAAUGAUCAAUGCAGCAUAAC